GCGGCGACUGCAGACGCGGCCUGAGGGGAGCGCUGGCACGCCGCCCCGGGCGUGGGGCGGCGCUCAGCCCGGGCUCGCCCUCGCCGGCAGGCGCGUCCAUGGCCCCCGGGCCCCGGCGGGGCGCGGCCGCGGCCUGAGGGGCCAUGUCCGGGGUGGUGCGGACCCUCAGCCGCUGCCUGCUGCCGGCCGAGGCCGGCGGGGCCCGCGAGCGCAGGGCGGGUGGCGGGGCGCGCGACGCGGAGCGCGAGGCCCGACGGCGCAGCCGCGACAUCGACGCGCUGCUGGCCCGCGAGCGGCGUGCGGUGAGGCGCCUGGUCAAGAUCCUGCUGCUGGGCGCGGGCGAGAGCGGCAAGUCCACCUUCCUCAAGCAAAUGCGCAUCAUCCACGGCCGCGAGUUCGACCAGAAGGCGCUGCUCGAGUUCCGCGACACCAUCUUCGACAACAUCCUCAAGGGCUCAAGGGUUCUUGUCGAUGCACGAGACAAGCUUGGUAUUCCUUGGCAGUAUUCCGAAAAUGAAAAGCAUGGGAUGUUCUUGAUGGCCUUUGAGAACAAAGCAGGGCUGCCUGUGGAGCCUGCUACAUUUCAGCUGUAUGUCCCCGCUCUGAGUGCAAUCUGGAGGGAUUCUGGCAUCAGGGAAGCUUUCAGCCGGAGGAGCGAGUUUCAGCUGGGUGAAUCAGUGAAGUACUUCCUGGAUAACUUGGACCGGAUCGGCCAGCUGAAUUACUUUCCUAGUAAGCAAGACAUCCUGCUGGCUAGGAAAGCCACCAAGGGAAUUGUGGAACAUGACUUCGUUAUUAAAAAAAUUCCUUUUAAGAUGGUGGAUGUGGGUGGACAGCGGUCUCAGCGCCAAAAGUGGUUCCAGUGCUUUGAUGGGAUCACAUCAAUCCUGUUCAUGGUCUCCUCUAGUGAAUAUGACCAGGUCCUCAUGGAAGACAGGCGUACCAACCGGCUGGUGGAGUCGAUGAACAUCUUUGAGACAAUAGUCAACAACAAGCUCUUCUUCAAUGUUUCCAUAAUUCUGUUCCUCAACAAGAUGGACCUCCUGGUGGAGAAAGUGAAGACUGUCAGCAUCAAGAAGCACUUCCCAGAUUUCAAGGGUGACCCACACAGGCUGGAGGAUGUCCAACGCUACUUGGUCCAGUGUUUUGACAGAAAGAGACGAAAUCGCAGUAAGCCACUGUUCCACCACUUCACCACUGCUAUAGACACUGAGAAUAUCCGCUUCGUGUUUCAUGCUGUGAAGGACACAAUCCUGCAAGAGAAUCUAAAAGAUAUUAUGUUGCAGUGAAAGAGAAAGUCCCCUUUUUUUUGUCAUCCUUCAGCAGCCUCCAUGGCUACUGGUCAGAUCUCUUUGGUGUGUAUUAUCUAUAUGAUUCUUGAGUUGGUUUCUCGGAUCCAUGUCAUCGAAUACCUGGCUCAAGAAUGCUGUAAAACCAGCCAGGCCAGCGAGCUCUAGGCAAAAGGACAUGGAAACUUUGAUGUUAGCUACUGAAUCCUGGGGACUAAUGAAACUACUGAUAAUCCAAGUGAUCACUUUGGUAUUAAUUUGUAAUACCUAAUAACACAGCUUCCUUUCUUUUUGCAGAAACUUUUUUCCUUUUUUGACACAAUUUAACUGAUGUUUGUGUGUGUGUAUGCACAUGCACACUCUCUCUUUAAUGACAAAAACACAAAAACCAGCUGGCCUUGCAGAUGGCUUUUCUCUCUAACUUGCAAGUCUUCACUGAGACACUCUAACCGGAAAGUUUUGCCAAAUAGUAGUUUGUAGGGAUCAAGUGCAUGCUGAUGCUGCUAAACUCAGAGUGCCUGAGCCUGGCCUUGCACCCCCAGCCUCAGGGUCUGAUACCACCUCCCAAAGUGAAUAUGUUGCCUUUUAAAACUUGUGCCAAUUUCCUAAGAGACCCUGGUCCAGGCAUAUUAGAUUAAGCCGAGGAGCUGUGCCAAGGAUUCCCCCCUUCCCAGCUGUAGAGGACGGAAUUGGGAGCUUUGCAGGUGUGGACUUGCCUUAACGCCCCUGCAGCAUGCUUGGCUCUUCCUGCCUUGUCAAAUUGCCCAGCAACACAGCAUGGAGUGGAGAUGGGACGCUGACGGUGAAUGUUGCCCUAUCUGUAUGCACAUAGUGGUGCUUCUGACUUCUUCCCACCCAGUGGCAAAGACAUAGAAACCAAGUAACCUUGCAGAUGACUUUUCUAUCUUACUUGCAAGUCAUCUUCUGACACUACAGUUGGCAGCAUGUAACAUUUCCUCCUUUUGGAAAUAAUAAAGAGCUUCAUAUUCCUCUUCUGGAGCUUCUGAAAGCUGGCAAGAUUACUAGCAAAGCUUUUGUUAAUGCCACAGCUAUGUGGUGAGUUCCUAACAGCUGACCUUUCAGGAAGCCCACAAACUCUGGAGAAAUUGGAGUUUCUCCAAACUGCCUGUACACCAAUGCCUUUGGACAGGUGGCCCUGUCCUCAGCUCUCCUUUAAGACUGAUUCUUAUCAAAGGCUCUUGCUUCUAUUACUGUACAUGCAGAACAAGUAAACACUAUCUGAUAUAGUUCUCAUCGGGGUGAAUCUGCAGAAGGCUGUGAAUGUUGAUAUGAGCUGGUAAAUCUUCAGCUCAUUUACCUGCCAGGUUAUUUUUCACUGUGUUUAAAAAUACACUGCAUUCCAAACUGGUCCCCUGUGUGUAUUACUCUACUACAAGAGUCUGCCUAGUGUGUUUAGGGAUUUUUCCUAGCAUUUAAAAGAAAAAAAGCUUCCUUUUCACUGGCACCAGAAUGUUACUGUGGCUUAAAAACAUAUCCAAGGGACCUUGUCCUGAGGCCACGCUGUUCCUGACCCUCGUGUUCCUUUUGUAUCUCACUCUUGGCUUGUUUUCAGCAAACCAGAUAAACAUGAAUCUCGUGGCAGAUGCUGAACCAGAAGAAGAAGGAGGAAAAAAACCUGCUUCUGAGUCAUCCUUGUUAUCACAGCAUUUUAAUUAGGAGACAACAUGCAAUGCUCUUUCUCUUUGGAGGCUGAAGGGUUUGUGUCAAUGUUUGCUGGGGUUUUGCCCCCCCCCCCUUUUUUAAAUUUGGCUGGGAAAGAAAAUGUUGCUGUUUUUGUACUGCUUCCUGUGGCUUUUCACAAACUGUAAGGAUGUGACCCAGGAUUAGUGCCAAUGACCAUAUUUUAAAGGAAAAAAUAUACUCUUUUUUUUUAGGGUUCAUCAGCAUGGUCUCGUAUCACAUUUUCAGUUUGCAGCAGGUUCACAGCGUGGUGAGCUUUCCCUGCCCGGGUCACCUUUCUGUAUCUCAUACAUUUGUUAGGAUCCAAAGCCCAGAGGAAAUGCAAGAUACUCUUCAUGUGUCUGUUGGAGAGUGCUGCCUCCAUGAUUGGUAUAACUGGUGGAAUUGUUUGAAACACCUUCCUGAAGAGUUUCAGGGAGCCUUGUCACUGGGUGCUUUUUUCCCUUUCAAGUCUGAUACAUUUACUAAUCACUUCAAACCCGCGGAAGCAUGUAGUAAUGAGCUAGCAUGACUUCUGUUUAACUGAUCAGAAAGCCAGGGUGGGACGGCCCAAAGGCCUGGGUCCUUACCAGCUCAGCCACUGACCCCACCGCCUGGUUGCAGCACUGGCUUUGCUGAGCCUGGACCUUCCCCUUCUUUCUAAUGACCGGAGUGAAUUAGAAUGUCUUUAAAGAUGCCCCUGCUCUAAAUUCUGUGACAUACUGUAAUUGGAGAAGAAGACAACUAUUUGCAAGGCCAACCUGAAAUUAUUUACAACUUUUCUAAACAUAGAUUGUAGUCAUUUUUGUCUCCAAAACCCUUAGGCUUUUGUAAUUUUUUAAUUUCACUGUUAAUCCUUGAUUAUUGUCUUUUUUUAUUGAGAUGUUGGAGAAGCAGGAGGCAGUUGUGCCUCAUCCAUUAUUGCAAAAAGGUAACAAUAAACUUCCUCAAAAUAA